AUGACUUGCGGAUUUUUGGUCGCCUUGGCUAGCUCCCUGCCAUUGGAGUACGUCCACAAGAGUCGUCACAGCUGGUGGGGUUUUCCCUUCUUCGAACUGGGCUUACAACUCGAGCCAAAAUAUGAUAAAUGGGAACCUUGGGUAGUCAAAUUGGAAUUUGCCUUAGAUGGCGAGCCUGGUCAACCUGCAGCAGGGUCUAACUCUGAAGCAGAACCAAAUGAUAUUCCCCGCAUCGGAUCUGGCUUCUAUCUCAAUAUCAACGGAGCCACUUACCGCGGCGGCCAGUCGACAAAUCGAGCGCAUCUUCCCGCGCAGACGACCCGGUCGGUGUCGAGGUCUGUCCUGGUUAUGGUGGAACGCCCAUCCGAAAAAGACUGGGGGGCGGCGAUUUUCUUUCCCAGGGACGCACACAAAGCGAAUACAGGCCCUGCGGGAUUCGAUUUCAAUCUCCUCUAUGGAGAAGAGGGCGACGAGCGCCAGGAUCUAAUCCGAGAACUGUCGAAGAGUGGGAUGACUCGUGGGGGCUACACCGACGGAGCCGAGCUCGGAGAACCACGGACGAGUGGCGUUCAGGACGUGCACCCUACUCGAUUCUCCCUACGAUAUAAGUCCGCUACCAACCAAGGCAUCAGUGGCUCCCCAAUCUGGGGACUCUGCGAGGAGAGAUCUACGGUGAUAGAAAUUCAGGGGUCCCAAACCAGCGAAGGCAGAGGCGUUCGUCUGAGCAGCAAGUUUUUGCAGGAGAUCUUCUCUUGGGCUAGCGUUGGAUACUGUUCCAAAGUUCUGCGCGCCCACAACCGACCCGCCUUCGCGGACGGCCUCUAUAAGCGGUUCCCCGAGUAUGCGGAUUUCAGCCUCGUCCAUCUGGGGAAAGAUGGACUCAACACAAAGCUUUGA